UUCAUCUGCUAUGGUGAGUCCUCAGAAGCGCCCCCACAGGUGCAACGCCCCCACAACUCUCGUAAUAUCCUCACAACCGUCCAUACCAUUACAUCCCGUUGACACGCCCGACGCCGCCACCAACAAGCUCAAUCCUAACCCAUACAUCCUCUCCUCGACACGUUAGUCGCUAGGAUAACUGAGCUAGAUGCGGCGCGGGCUCCCCCUAGCUGCGCGACCG